UUGUCUUUCUUAGAUCUCUGUAAAUAAAAUUAAGUUUAAGUGAAGAGCAAGGGAAACAAGGUUAUCUUAUUAGAAGCAUGCACAGCAUCAUUUAUUCACUAUCUUUUUCUUUUAUCACGGCAUCAAGGUCAACAUUUAUUAUGUUUAUCAAGCGGUUAUAAUAAUAUUGCUUUAAGAUAACUUUGACGCUCCCAGUAUUUUAUUAAUACAAGAUUAGGACAUGAGCAGUCAAUCAUUUUUCAUUGGCGUGGAUGUGGGAUCAGGCAGUGCUAGGGCGGCUCUCGUCGAUCAAAAUGGACACAUACUGCGCACAUCAGUUAAGGAACUUCGAACAUGGAAGCCAGAACCCGACUUUUACGAACAGUCCUCCAACGAUAUAUGGCACUGCUGUGAAUUUGUUAUAAAUGAAGUUACCAGAAAUGUGAAUGCAGAAGAUAUCAAAGGUAUUGGUUUUGAUGCUACAUGUUCUUUAGUGGCAUUGGAUAAAAAUGGUAAUCCAUUAGCAGUAAGCAAUUCUUAUAACAAUGAACAGAAUGUAAUUAUGUGGAUGGACCACAGGGCUUACUCUGAAGCAGAUUUUAUAAACAAAACAGGUCAUGAGAUCCUAAAGUAUGUGGGUGGCAAGGUUAGCUUGGAAAUGGAAAUGCCAAAGUUGCUGUGGUUGAAAAAAAACUUACCAAGCAAGUGGUCUGAUUAUGGAUAUUUUUUUGAUUUACCAGACUUUCUUACUUGGAAAGCAACUGGAUCUGAUAGUCGGUCACUUUGUUCUCUUGUUUGCAAAUGGAACUAUGAAUGCUCUAUUAAUGGUCAACAAGGAUGGAAUAAAGAUUUUCUUCGAAAUAUUGGAUUAGAUGAUUUGGCUGCAUUUGGGUUUAAAAAGAUUGGGAGUAAAGUUUUGAUGCCUGGUGAGAAGUGUGGUGGAUUGCAGAGUGAUGUUGCAAGAUCUCUUGGUCUUAGUCCAGGUACCCCAGUAGCAACUUCUAUUAUUGAUGCUCAUGCUGGUGGUCUUGGUAUGAUUGGUACAAAUGGGGAGGGUAUUGCAAAGGAGAUGUCGAGUAGACUUAGCUUGAUAUGUGGUACCUCUACAUGUCAUAUGGCUGUUAAUAAAAAGCCAAUACUAGUGCAGGGUAUAUGGGGUCCAUACUUUAGUGCAAUGGUACCUAAUUUGUGGUUAAAUGAAGCUGGCCAAAGUGCUUCCGGCAUGCUUUUAGACUAUGUUAUAUCAAGUCAUCCGGCAGGAAUUCAAUUGUUGAAAAAACAUUCAACUGGAGAGGUUCGUACUCACUUAAGGCAGUUGUUAUCAAAAAUGACUAAAGAGAAAGGUUUAAAUGAUGUAAGUUUACUAAGUAAAGAUUUCCACAUAUGGCCAGACUAUCAUGGUAACCGAUCACCAUUGGCUGAUCCAUCUAUGAAAGGGAUGAUUUGUGGACUCACCAUAAACAAUAGCGAGGAGAACCUCGCUUUACUCUACCUGGCAACAUUACAAGCUUUAUCGUAUGGUACGCGACAUAUAAUCGAAGCAUUGGUGGAAGCGGGUUAUGAACCAUUCAAAUCAUUGCUCGUCUGCGGGGGACUAGCAAAGGAUCCCCUGUUUGUGCAAAUUCAAGCCGAUGUUAUGUCAUUGCCUGUGCUAAAGCCACACGAAUCUGAAUCAGUAUUACUUGGCUCUGCCAUCCUCGGUGCGUGUGCAUCGCAAUACUUUAACAACGUCCAAGCAGCCAUAGAAAGUAUGGGAGGUAAUGCGGAUGUCGUCCCUCCAAAUCUUAAUACUAAAGCAUUCCAUGACAAAAAGUAUAAAGUCUUUCUUAGAAUGUUCCAGGAUCAGUUAAAAUAUAGAGCUAUUAUGAAUUAGCAGAUUUAUAUCUAUAAAGAAAUGUAAAUAGAAUUAAAUUAUUCAUUUAAAUCUUUCCAGUUUAACUUGGGUUCAUAUACAGGGAUUAGGACAUAUUUUUUAAGUUUUUUUUUAAUUAAACAUGUUUUGAUUUAAAUAUA